AUGUCAGAAGCAGAUAAAUAAGCAGAGCAACCCAGAACAAUUGAGGUUCCUCUAUUGCAAUCUACAUUAGCUAGAUUAGGUAUAGAUAAAAAUAGUGAAAAUUGGCGUUAACAAGUCAGAGCACUUAGAUAAUCUAAGGAUUAAAAAUUCCCAGUGAUGAAGAAUGAUACUUUAUUAAGAGUUAUAAAAAGAGAAAAGAUUGAUCAUCUUCCUAUUUGGGUUAUGAGAUAAGCAGGAAGAUACCUCCCUGAAUUCCGUGAAGUAAGAAAAAUAUGGAGCUUCUUCGAGUUGUGUGAUAAUCCUCUACUUGCUGCUGAGGUCACUUUACAACCUUUAGAAAGAUUCCCUAUGGAUGCAGGAAUUAUAUUUUCUGAUAUUUUGGUUGUCCCUAAGGUUAUGGGCAUGGAAGUUAUUAUGGAAGAAAAGAGAGGCCCAGUUUUCCCUUAGCCUUUAGUCGAGCCCUCAGACUUAUAGAAGCUUAGCAUCCCUGAUCCUGAAUCUCUCGGUGAUGUGUAUGAUGCUCUUUAUCUUUUCCGUCAAGCAGUUGAAGGAAAAGUAACAACAAUAGGAUUCGCAGGUGCUCCUUGGACUCUUAUGAGCUACAUGAUCGAAGGUGGUGGUAGUAAAAUGUUUUCUAAAGUUAAGAAAUGGAUUUUCAAAUGGAAGGAAGAGAGCAAAAAAUUGUUAAGUAUGAUUUCAGAUGUUCUCAUUGAAUACAUCUCAAAAUAAAUUGAAGGUGGUGCUUAAAUAAUUUAACUUUUUGACUCCUGGGCUGGUGAGUUGGGUCAUGAAGAUUACUGGGAGUUUGGUCUAUCUUACUGUGUUAGAGUUGCCACUGAAGUGAAGAAGAGACACCCUGAAACUCCUAUAAUUAUGUUUGCUAAGGGUAAUCAUUCAGAUAUGGUUUUCAAGCAUGACUGUUUUGACUGUGUAGGAAUCGAUUAUGCUUGGGAUUUAUCUCUUGCAGCUAAAUAUUCUCAGCAAUAUAAUAAAGUUAUUCAAGGUAAUUUAGAUCCUGGUGUUUUAUUAGCAGAAAAAGACACCAUUAGAGAAAAGACUCGCAAGAUGAUAGAUAUUGUAGGUGUUGAUAGAUAUAUUGUAAAUUUAGGACACGGUAUGUGGCCUGAACAUGAUCUUGAGCAUUUAGCUGUUUUUGUUGAUGAGACACAUAAAUACUCUGCCUCUAAAUUAAAAUGA